AUGAGUUUGCCGCAAAAUGAGGAAGACAAUAAGGCGCAGACCGACUCAAAAGACGGCGAUGAAAAGAGGAAGGUGAAGUCAGAGCCUCAAAAUGCCCAGAAAGUUGCCGAGGGCAAAAAGGUUUUGAGUUUUAGCAGAUUUUGUAGAAAAUCGGUAUCUUUAGGAGGACUGUGGCAACGUGUCAACGUCAGCCGGACAAGGAUUACUUCAGAAAGCCCCGACGCUUGAAGAAUUAGACCGGAAGCUGGAAGAACUUCAUGAGAUGACAGAAGUGACUCAUCUUCUUCGUCACAGAAACAGCUUGAAUAUCGACUCUCUCUCUGGUCUCACCAAAGAAACUCUUCAUAAAGAAACUAGGAAGAGCGCGGAUCUUCUUUGCUACGUUGUCAAUGAAACGGACGAACUUGAAGUUGAAAUUCCACGAGGCAACAGCUCAAACUGUGAUUCCAAAAACGACGUCGAUCACAAUAAGUCAGAAGAAGUGACAUCAAAUAAAACAACAAAUAGAGCAUCCGUUCAACUCGUUCCUGAAACGGAGAAAAGAGAAGACGAUAAAGAGACAGUUGAAGAAGAAUCAGAAGAUGACCUAGUGGACGACGACAUCUAUUACGACGAUUUGGCGUCUGUACUCUCGGAGGAAAUCAACGAUGUCGUUCGCGACACUGACAGCGGAAGUUUUGAAAAUGCAGCCGUUUCUAAGCUGCAGCCUUGCUCCGACGAUAAUCAAUCAUCAAGUUUUGAUGAUAAAGUUUGAAUCCUGUUUUAAAAACUUUAUGAGCUUUUUUUCAGUUUAUGGGGAAAGUCGCAACGUCUACCGGCCAUCACAGUCUUUCGCAAGCUUUCAUGAACAAGGUUAUCUAAAAAUAUUGUUUCAUUGUGUCAAAUUAACAAGAAAAAGUGCGGAGUAUCUUUUGUUUAGAUUUUUUUAUAAAUCUUUUUGAAAGUAGCCCCAGUUUUCAAGACUCCUUUUUUUAUAGGGAUUUUUUUCGUCCUUCCAUAAACACUUCCUUUAUAGAUUACUUUCCCGAUUUUUAAAUUAGAAGAAAAAAAUCCUUUCAUAUUUAACAGAGAUAAAAACGUUUCAAAGCAGGAAUCUACGGGUUGAAAAGAAGAUUUUUUUAGAAUCAUAAUUCUAUCAAAAAGCCGGAAAAACGCUGGUUUUUUUAUGUCGACCAAUAGCCAGAUUGGUCUGAAAAAUUUAUCUAUCCUCAAAUCCUCAACUGAAUCUCCUGCACUUUGCUCGUUACCAUAUUUUAACGGAAAUUCUUUUUUUAUUAGAUUUUAUUGUGGCAGCCAUAUUCCUAUUAUCGUACCGACAAACAAUUAAUAUUUCUCAGGAUGCUUCUUCGAGCCACAGAGCUUCCCUUCUACACGAAAGAGCGCUCAGCAACGAUUCACGCACGACCAGCUUGAUGUCUUCCUCGAUUGCUUCAUUCCGACGACCUGUGUCUCAUUUUUCCGUUGACAACUCUUGUUUUGAGCUCGACCAUUCUGCGCAGCAUUCGGGUACUCCCAUAGAGAAGGUGAGCCAAAUCUUUCAAUUUAAAAUACCGAGUACAGUAGAAAAGUAAAAAAAAAGGAAUGAACUUUUGUAGUGAGAAGCACGAAGGUAUUCGAAAGUCGCUUUUGUUGCUUUUUUCUAAAAUUGAUACAAAAUUUUGAAAGCAAAGACGGUUAUGAAUCUAUUGAAUGUAGAUCAAAGUAAGAAAAACAUCCAGUAGAAUCUUGAUCACCGUGACAGGUCCCUUGUAAAUUCAGAUGUUCGUGAAGUCGUCAAGAUCAGCGCCCGAAAUGAGUAUUCAUGACGUCAAGAUUUAUGACGAAUCUUUAAAGUCUUCACUUUUCGACGGCGUCAUGACAACUAGCGAGGUAAGUUUUUUCUCUCCAUCGCAUCGAUUCUCUGCUUUGAUUGUCAUCAGUCAUUAAUCAAGCCAAGUUUCGAGUUGCAGCCGAGUGUCUCCAACGCCGCCGUUGAUCGUUGUGCUUCUGGCGUCUCAGCGUCGUGCCAGCCGCCCAGUUUCUGUUUACGGUGCGCAAUUCACGACGGCGUUUGGAACGUCAUUUGGAUACCGAUUUUUAUCAAAAUACACAAGAAAAAGUUGAAUUCGUAACAACAUCAGCCACGAGCUUGGUUUGACCGUAAAGAUCGUUUUUCUUUCUAGCUAGAGUUUUUGAAAAAUACAGUCUCUGAUGAAAUAUUUGGAUUUUAAAAAGACCGCGAAAGCAAUAUUUGUUCAACUACUUUUGGUUUUUGGAACGUUUCAUCAUAUCUCCAGCCCUUUCAUUAACAGUGUUGGAGGGAAUCGAAAAGAAUUGAUUCCUGUUAGACCUGGCGUAAUUUGUUUUCCAUACAAAAAGAGAUUUCACCCAAGCUUUUUUGUUCGUAGUGAACAGUUUUACAACAUACUAAAAAUCAUUCCAAUUAUCUUCUGGAUAGAUUUAUCGCUCGUCUUUUCGUAACUGAAAGAUUGGUUCCAAGAAUGAAAGAGAAGGAGAAGAGAAGUGGGAUGGGAUAAAUUCUGUCUAAGGAAAAAAAAUUCACUGCUUUGAAAAAAAAAAUGGCAUUUACAGAUUGGAUAAAGGGCUCCACGAAUCGCCCAUUCCUUUGUCUCCUAAGGUUGAAAAGGUCUACCCAUUUUCAAUCUUGCUGUUUGAUUUUCUCUUCCAGUUCUUUUUUAGCGAUUGUUAGAACUUUAAUUCUUUCAUAACUAUUUCAGAGCUCUAAGAAGAAGAAAACUUCGAAAGAAUCAGAAGUCAUCUUGGCGGAAAUGAAGCCGUCAACUUCUUACUCUGAACAGAGCGAAAAUGUUGUAUUGCUGAAACCGGUUUGUUUUAUAGCUUAUCUGAAGCAAUAAUUCAGCAGGACCUAUUUUUAAGUACGCGGCAGCUAAAAUAUGUAAUAAGGAUCAAAAAAUGAUUGGUCGAUUUCUUCUGACAGAUUUGGUAACGAAGAAACAAAAAACUGAUAAAAUCAAUAUACAGUAAUAGUGAAUCAGGUUGUACUAUUCGGAAAGAUAGGAAACAGGAACUUAAAUCUGAAGAAGAUCAAUCUGAAUUUCGCAUCAAAUCAGAGAAAACAAGAAAUUUCGUCUUCGAAUUUUUCUUUUUGUGUUUGUCACUUGCAGUUUACAUUUUUCUUGGAUUUUCUCCCUAUUUUGAGCUUUCCGUAGUUAAGUUUGAAACUUCAACAUUUUAAACUAACAGUCUUGACCAAUGAUUUAGUGAUAAUUCGAGAAGAUGAAGAACCUAUCUACCCAUUUUUCAUUUUGUUUCAAGAAAAAGUACCAUUUUCAUUCGAUUAGCAAAAAAAAAUUCGCAAUUUUUUGUAGCAAGUCGAAAACGCCGAGGGUGGCAAAGAAGCCAACUACGAUCACGUCAGUGUGAAGCUAACGGCCGUUCGUUUGGCCAGAUCUUCCAAAAAACCUCUCUACAUCCUCGCAAAGCUCGACGCUAACGAGAGUCAUUGUUCUCCAGAAAUCAACGUUCGAAAGUCGUGGGUUCCAAUUUUUAGUUGUUCUUUGCAGUCUUUAUCGCUCUCAUGUCUUCUCAAAAUGUUUGCCCAAGUGUGGUGAAAUUGACGAGACAAUUGUAGUGCAACUAAAAAAGGCCGAUUUGUAGCGAUGCCGUGCUCCACGAUUUUUCUCUCGAGUCAACCGAGCCCUUCGCCCACCUCCAUAUCAUUUUUUUCGAAGGUUCUUUUAACCCUUGUUCUUCUAGAAAGAAUAUAGAAGAUAGCAAUAACCCUGAAGUCUGUAUUUUUAGGGACACGCUCGAAAGUGGCACGGCCAGUGGGAAAAGUUUCCUUGAGGAGAACUGAAAUCGCGAACGCAGUCGAUAAAGAGUGGCGUAUGAAACUCAGCGCCGUUUCAAAGUACCCAGAGUUCUGCGGACAAAUUUGCGUUGAUCUUCGACGUCGUGAGGGUUUUUUCUCUCUGAGGUUGGUUAUUGCCCUCGGGCCUUAUUGCGGUUCUCAUUGCAGAAAUUUCGGUUUAUUCGGUUUUUUGUGGCAGAAUUUGUUCUGCGUGAGACUAAACUUCAGUUAUGACGUGUUUUUCCUUCGGGGCUGAGCUGCAAUCUACCUAGUGUUACAACUUCUUAGGCUUCAGUUUCUGGGAUCCUCAUCGUUGACCCAAAACUACAGCAUUUCUACUCUCUUUUUUUCAAGUACAAAAACAUCAUACCAUUGCAUUUCUUUGCCGGAAAUGCCUAACACUUCUUAUCAUUUCGACUGAUAAGAACAAACUUCACGGCUUAAAUAAUGUUUUUUUUUCCUUUCUUUCUUUUUCUCUGAAUUUUGCUUAUUCAGAAAUCAUGAGUAUUUUUUUUUCGAGCUUUUGAACAUCCGCGGUACUCAAUCAAGAUCAAUUUGAGCUUUACAGGAUGUUAAGGAAAAUUGUUUAACUCCAAAAUUUUCAAAUGUUUGCAGGACCAUUUUCCUUAGCUUGAACAGGUGUUUCAAAAAAAGACGUUCAAAAAUGCAAGAGAAAAAUCAGCUGGGUUCGGUUAAGAAAUCUCAAUUCAUCGCUGAUCAAAUAUUUAUUUUAGUGAGGCCUCCGCAUCAUUGAAAAGGAUCAUUCUCUUUUUAUUACGUCCAAUCGCAGCCGUUAUUUUGAGGAAUUUCUCUGUAAUCCUGCAGGCGCUGUUCAAUCUUUUUUUUUAGAUUUAGUAGCUUGGAAAAAUAAUUGAGAUGAAUAUCACCUAAACCCAUAGAACGUUAUUUAAAGAAAAAAAUCGCAAUAGAGUUGAUAGAGAAAUCACUUCACAGCUCUUCGAAUCUUUGUAAUUUUUUGAACUGCGACUGGUAAAACUGAAAGAAAACUUCUUUUCUUACGACAUUACAAGUCAGAUUUCCGAGAAAUAUUAUGCCUCAACCCGUAAUGAAUAAGAGCUUCUGAAAAAAAUCUGAUGAAUUAACAAAAUAAUCUGUUAAGGAAAGUAUUUCUGCGGGCAGUUUUCCGCAUUGGACUACUCGCAAAAAAGUUUGAUCCUGCACAUUAUCGAUUUUUUUCAGUUGUGAACCUUUUCCACGAUUUGGAGAAACUGUCACUAUCAACGAUAGAUGUAGUCCAAAGAAAAACAGUUUUUGAGCUUAUCUUGUACAUUUUAACAGUCUAUUUCUCCAUCACAGAAUUUGGGACCACAUCUGCGAUAUUCACCUCCCCGAUUCCCUAGUGAAAAAAACGAAAUCCCCAGAACUCCUGCAAGUUAUUACGCGUAUCAGAAUUUAAAUGAUACCUGCUUGAUUUUUCACGUGAAUGUGAGCGAACAAACUGAUAAAAUUUCUAAGAUAAUUUUUUUGAACGAGUAGCGGUUUCGCAACAAUCAUUUCUCAAGUGCUGAGAUUUAUACGACACCUUUAACGAGAAAUGAAACAUUUUCGAGGUGGAGCACUUGGCAGCUGGCCGGCCACCGCUUUGAAAACGAUCUGAGUUGGGGGCGGUUGAAUGAUGGACUCGAGAAACGAACAAGCACUUCCUUUACACAAACAAACGCCAAGCAUGCUAGACUUGUUGUACGCAUCGAAGCCGCACUCUAAUUACGUCUCGGCUGCGUAGUCCCGUCUCCGUUCUUGACUUUUACCGUUUUUUUCUCAUAAUUUCUUGAAAAGAUUGAAGGGAAUGAAUUCGGUUUUGUUUCUGUUUGACUGUCUAAUCGUUCCUAGAAAAAGAAAAAUAAGCUUUUUGAAAAAAAUUUGAAAAAAACAAAGUUUUUUUGAAAAUUGUGAAUGAACCUCGUAGAAAGUGAGUUUUUAGUUUAUGAUCUUAUUCGUCAUUUGAUUUGACAAAAAAGGAAAAAGUAAGAACCAGAAAAAAACUUAAACACAUAAGAAUUCUAGUAAAUUUAGUUGUGUCUCUCAAAUAAUCCAUUUUUUUCUAUCCAGAGGUCCUUCGGAAAAAUUUUUAUCAGAAUUUAAAUGAAGCAGGUGUUUUUUUUCAAUGUGGCAUUCCCAUUACCCAUUUCGUCAUUAUUGCGUAUAAACUAAGAUUUUUUUCAUUCUUCAAUACGGUUGGAAACGAAAUCCCAAAGAUGGGUGCAUAUUUUCUUCUCGUUCUUGAAUUUUUUCAUGGUUCUUUGAUUUAUUUCGAAAGAAAAAAGAUUCGUGAUCUUUUAUAGGCCCAGUAAAACAUUUUUUUAACUUCUGACAUUUUUUUCAUGAAAAGAAUGUUGUUAUAGUCUAUCAAGAAAGCUUAAAUUUGAAUUUUUAUGUAAAUUUCCAAAUUAUUAAUUGUUGAACACAGUACAAAAAAAAUUUUCUUUCAUUUUUCCAUGGAGCGAGAGUUUUUUUUUUCCGAUCCUUUGUUCAUCAAGCGUUUGUUCUCCCCAUAAAGUACAUUUUCGGCGUUCAACCUCCAAUUUUUUUGCAGUCCAUUUCUAUGUCAGCUGAUACACCUUUUUUUUUAAUUCGGACAACAAAACUUUGAAAGGCGAGAACAUUUUCAUUCUCAACUUUUUCUUGUUUCCAUUCCAAAAAUACUUUGUUUGGAAAGUAUGGUAAAUUUAGCGUGUGCGUCAAAUCCGCUCGGUAUCUCCAUUUAAACCUGGAUUAGUUUUUUUUUGUUGGAGCUUUUUAGAUUAUAAACAUGAGUUCGUUCCUCUUUGACAAGAAGGCAUUAGUGGGAAGUUUGACAUUUUCCAAAGCUUUCCUCGGCAUUUCUUGGCACUUCUGAGCAGCCACCUGCGCAAACUCUUAUCUUCGAGAAUCUGUCUCGGCUUUCAUCCGUUUUUUAGCUAAUGAGCCAAUCUUUCUGUAAUAAAUAUUGCCGAAGGGCAAGAAAUCCUCCUUCAGACCUUGAAAGGAUUUUUCGGCAUAGUCGUGAAAUUUUUGAAUUUUACGUCAAACAUCCUGUAAACUAAUGAAUUUUCAAUCAAUAACUCAAGUAAGAAGAAAUUCUAUAAGAAAUACAGAACUAUCGGAAAACCCAAUUUUGGUCCGUUUUUUUCUCGAAAAAAACCAUCACCCACGCUAAGAAAUCUUGUAUCAUUUUUUUCGGGAGAUUCUAUUUUCUACUUACUAAUCUUUCACUAUCUUAAAUGUCACGAGGUAGAGAACUGCCUAGAAAGAAAAAGUUCUUCUGCAGGUUCUUCUGCCUUCUUCUGCAAAACGUCAUAGUAUUUAUCAGUUGCAGGAAAUUAUUCCAAAAGUAAUAGUUCCCUUGUUUUAUUGAUUCACUGUUUAGAACUAGAAUUCUACCAAACUAUCCAUUUUUUCUGUUAUUUUUGUCCUUCUUGUUAAAAUAACUUUUUGAUCUUUUAUCCAAAGUAAAAAAAAAUUGAUACUUUGCAUUAAAGAUUGGAAAAAGUUUUUUUUUUUUUCAAAAACCAGAACGGAUAUUUAUCUGUUUUUCGAGUUUUUUAAGACUAAGCGCUAGUUCAAAGUUUCACAACUCCAAAAAAGGAAACGUUUCAACCAUUUUUGAAGCGUUUUUCACAACACUUUUUUCAGCGCCUCUGAAAAAAGAAGACCUUACGAACCAAGCUACAUUAUUUUGUAUUUGAAUCGUUGACUUUCACUUUCAAAACACUGUGACGCACAAGUAAUUUAGCGAAUUUUGAGAAAAUGUCAAUGAGUCAUAUCUUCGUCGUGAAGUAAUUGGAGAAGCAAGCCGGAAAAAAAGUGAACACUACGCAGAACGAGAAGCACAGACGUGGCACGAGAAAAAAUGAAAAAAAGCGCGAAAUGACGUAGUUGGCGCCUUUUGUUUGUCCGAAGUCUUCGUCGGGUCUGGUAGGUCGCGCAAGAUUGAUCGACGGAAACUUGGGAAACAGUAGAGGCCAAUGGCGCCAACUUGAAUACUCGACUACACCCACGCUGAGAAAGAGCGGAAAUGGAACCUUUCGAAGAGGAAGAAGGAAGCCAGAGUCAAUUCAUUGCUAUAAAUUUCAGUAGGACCACGUUCAAUUUCUUAUUGAGGUCUUGCGACUUUUCUUUUUAUCGCAGCGAGGGGUUAAAAAUGAUCUGAAAAUUCCUUGAACUCCUAUUAUCAUCUCCCAUUUGUGCUUCAAACUCUUUUUAGGCUUUUUAGGCUUCAAAGCUUCCUGAGGGUCUUUGAAUUUUUGAGACAUGUCCAGUAGAUCAUCGCUUCAGAACCCACUGACCAAUCAUUUUUCGAAAGAAAAAGAAAAAGCUCGAAGAAUCGACCAAUUUUGGAAGGCAAAUUAUGUUUUGCACCGUAAAUACUUCUGAUUUGAAACCAGUUGUGAAAAUUUUUUCUGAUUCAAAAAAACCUGAAAAAAAUUUUUGAUGUAAAAACUUUUUGGUAUUGAAAAAUUUUUGAUUUUUUUCAUUGAAUUAUCUUUUUCCCAAUUCCCCAAAAAAAUUCAAAUAUGUUAAUGUUUCAAAUUUUUCAAGCUACGGAAAAAAAUAUAUGCGAACCUUAAUUUUUUUCUCGCAAGAGGGGGCGAGUCUUCGCAGCCUCUUAAUCUACGAAAAAACUUCCGUUUCCUUUUCCUGCUAUUUGCAUGCCAUCUUUCAACUUUUCAUCGUUUUUCUAAGAGCAUAAGUGGCUAAAAGAGUUUUUUCCAAACUUCUUUUCCAAAAUUUUAAUUGAACUGUGAAAACGGUUGAUUUCUCGAUUUUUCAUGCCCAUGGAGAUCAUUCGAAAAUUUCUCUUAACUGAUUUCAACCAAGUUCAUUAACUUUAGAGAAAAUGAUUCUCCAUCAAAGAAAUGAAAUUGUGCGGGUAUUUUCACCGUGAAAAAUCUGGAAAACUAUGCUUUAGUUAAGGAAUGAAAAAAGAAAAAAGAGAAGCAUGGCAAAAACAGUUUGACCCCGCAUUUUGGCGCGCGACUUCUCGAGAGUUCGCGGGUCCUGGCCAGACUCUCAUUACGUCGUCAGUUCUUUUGGGUGACCCCACCGUUCAACAGUUUGUCAGCUGGUUUCUCUGCAUUUCCAUCUCUCUAUUUAUUUUUAUCGUUUUACGUGCUCGUUCCCACUCGACUAAGCUUUGAAAUUUUUUUUCUGCCUCGCGCUCUCAUUCUGAACUUUUGCGGGGCUCGCUUUCAUCAGAUUUUCCGCAUUUCAUUGCCAACUUUUAUAGCCAAAUAGAAUCUCUCGAUUUUUGAUGUGUAUAAUAUCUAAGUUUAAACGAGCGAAACAAUCAUUUCGAAUCUAGUGUAAACAAUUCAUUGAUGUGAAAUUGGAUUCCUUUGUAGUUUAUAUCAUCCACACAAUUCCAAUAUUCGUUCUCACAACGUAGCUUCCCUUCAAAAAACUAUUUUUUUUGUCUCUGCACAAAAAGACUAUUGUUUUCAACUUUAUUUGUUAACUUUUUCAUCACCUGAAAGUUUUAAAUAUUUUUGAGAGCAGUUUGAAACCAAUCAUGAAACAAUUUGACAAAUGAAGAUAGUAUCAUAUCUCAUAAUCAAGUUUUCGCUUUCUAGCAGACCAAAAAAAAACAAACAGUGCGCCAAAGAGAGAUGUUGAGACAAUUUUCAUGCGCGUUUGUCAAAGUGACUGAGGCGCUAGAACUAAAAAUCUUUUUGACAAGAUAGGCCAGCUUAUUUUAUUAAAACAUCCUUAAAAGUCGGCCGAAGCAUUUCUUGAUUUACUAGAUGCAGAUAUUUUCAUUCUUAGUUCCCUUAGUUCGAAGUUUUAUGUUUUUUUAUAAAAGUUUACUGUUUUGAAUAAGUUUUUUUUUUCAAAAAUGACAUGAAGGCCUCAAAAAUCGCCACCUUGUACAAUAAAAAAAUUAAGGAAAGUUAUUGAAAAUUUUCGAUCCGUAGAAUGAAUUUCCUUAUUCAGACUAUGAGUCCUUUUACCGCCUACUACUUUGAAAUCUCCGUCUCGGGCCGGCUUAAAAAGUUUUUUCAAUUUUUUGUGAUGCUCAUUCGUGUUCAAGUGCGCUUUUCUCUGGUUUAAUGUGACGAUGCAAAAACCGACAUAAAUCGAGGGCGGCUCGGGAAAAUAGAAAUAGGCGAACGAAAAAAAAAAACGCAAAGCCGCCAAAACGUACGUGUUCAGAGUGAUCGAUUACGGUGGGCUGCAGUUGAAAGACACGCAGCAACUACAUCUGCUCGUCUCGACACUUGAUAAUCCAAACGUUAGUGCGGCAACAUCAAGAAAGAGAGAUUUGAAGAGCGGAUUCCAGGAGUUCGGCAAACUCUCGAUUGGCGCUGAUCGACGUAGUGUUGAAUGGUUGGAGAUGCCCUGUGUUGAGGGGCUUUUAUCUUUCCGAAUGACUCUCUGGCAAGAUAUUCUUAAAGGUGUCAACUCCGUCUUCCAUGGCCAAGUCCGGUUAGUUACUGUCGGAAAAAGCUUUACCCAUUCCUCCGUUGAAUCCUGUCAAAAUGAGUUCAAAGGACUAUGAACGAAAACGGGACAGAAAACAGCCCACUGAAAAGUUCUACGCCUUCUUUCGGUCGAAAUCUCAAAUUUUGAAAAUUCUUGAAAUAUUUGGGCUUGAAAGUUGUUGAAUAAAGUGAAUCCAACUCAAAACUUCUUGUUGAAUGUGGCAAAAGUCCUUUUUGAAUUUUUUUUAAAUUUUCGCCGCACAGUUUGUUUUAAAUUUUGGUAAAAGUUCAACAAAAAAAAUGGCUCAGCAGAAAACUAAAAAUAAUUGUGUGAUGAUGAGAAUAUUCUUUGAACUCUUCAUUUCAAUCUUUUUGCAGAGUGGUUCUCAUCGCAGAUUUCCCGAAAAAAAUUAAGCUAAAGAUUUGCUUUUUUUAUAAUCAUUAUACUUUAAGCGUCGAUGUGGACGAGCGUUGGCGGAGCGGUCCUUGUAAAUGGUUCUAUCUCCGAUCACGACACGCCGACAACGCAAAGCAGGAGGUUUUUCGUGAAAUUAAUGAUGAAUUAGUGGUUUUUCGGACUUUUUGGAUAAUGAGAUUAGCUUUAGUCAGAGUGUUUCUGUCUAUGAAAUUGUGUUGUUCAUAACGCCCACUGCUUUGAGCUCGAUUAGCUCAUUCUUUCUAACUUCUCGCUGUUCAGAUGGAUGAUGGAAACGAUAUUGGAGAAGUUAUGAUCAAGACGACCCACCGCGUUGAACACGUCCUGCAACUACAUGUCUACAGGUUAUCUAGCAGAAUUGCGCGUGGGUUUCACUGAUGAGCUUUCAGACCUCUUCUCGAUCUCUUGUGUGCUUCCUCGACUGUCCAACCUCUUACAGCUUCUCUGGUGGCUCUCAUCGAGUCGCUGCCUAAAGUAAAUUUGAACUAAACUAUCUGAUUAUUAAUUAAGAUUGAGGUGGACCUGGGCCAAGUUUCAAAGGCCCUUGUCGAAGUGUCACCAUCAGAAACUCUUCGACCGUUGCUCGAUACUCUUUAUGAGAACAAUAUCUACAAGUGCCAGUGAGUUUUUAAAAAUGAGACUCGAAAUUACUGUAAAACAUUCCAGAGACGAAAAUACUUUGUUCCGAGGGCAGUCUCUGGCGGGAAAAAUGCUUUUUGAGAUUCUUAAAACAUACGGCAAAUCUUACUUGGUGAUAACUCUCAAGCCUGUUAUCGAUAAGGUUGGUUCAAUCCAAGUUUGCACAAAUAAAAAUCUUCCCAGAUUUUCAAAGAACGCAAAAACUGUGAAGUUGACCCGUCUCGAUUGCCACCAGGAAGUAGCGCGAAAGAUAAGAACGCCGUGAGAAGAAAAAGUUAAUUACUUUGAAAAAAGUUGUUUUUUCCAGUAUCAAGCCAAUUUGUUGUCUUACUUCAACGCCGUCUUUGAAUGCGUCACUCAGAGCUCAGCUAAUUGUCCUCAUUUUAUCAAGCUUCUGCUGGCUGAUUUGCGAAAAGUUGUGGCCGAGAAGAAAGGUGAAUACUGAAGGAUAAAUAAAAACAACAGUUGAUUUUGAGGACGAAUUGAAAUGGAGCGACUUGCGCUUUCGUCUUUCGUCAUCAUGCGCUUUUUUGCGGCUGCUGUUUUGAGUCCGAGAGCUUUUGAUAUCCGCAAAGAGCAACCGGUAAAAAACGAAACUAAGCUGGAAUGUACCAACAUUUAUUUAGGAUCAUCGAGUUUCGCGUACUCUUCUGCUUCUCUCAAAAAUGCUCCAACGCGUGGCUAAUUGCACUGUCAGCGACCGUCCACUCUCGCAGAAGGAGCCGUGGCUGAGUGAAGUCUUGGAGCUGGUCACCGGAAAUGAAUACAAAAAUGGCAUGACCAAGUUCUUAGACAAGGUAAGUGUCGAAUUGGAUUUUCAAUAAAAAGUAGUUCAAAAACCUGGACUUCUAACCGACCUUAUGUUUUCUGUUUUAGAUUUCACUCGCUCCAGAGUAUGAAAUUGAAAGAGAAACAGUCACCGUGUUCAAGGUGAGCAGAGAGGCAUGACAAAAAUAAAAUGAAAAUGUUUAGUUUGGACACUUGCAACAAGUGGACCCAACGCGGACGGGCUGGAAGAAAAUCUUGCAAGCCAAAAAGCGAUACAUCCAGUUGACCGACACACAACUUGUCUGGCAGAAAGACAGCCAAAGUAAUCCCACAAUUUCAUUAGUGGCUAUGAAAAUUGUUCCAGGCAACCCAAAGGGAUACUUGAUGCUUAGCGAUAUAAAGUCUGUGACGGCCGACGACAAACAUUUGAUCACAAUCACUACUGACAAGCUCCAGAUGCACUUCGGAUCUGCGAGCGCGUCGGACACCACCGAAUGGUGAUAACUUCAAAAAUCUUCCAAGCUCAAGGCGUUUGACUGGAAAAGUUAUAGUGGCCACUAUAGAGGUCCGCAACUUAGAGAGGACACCAAAGUGGCCAUUAUGGAGAUUCUUUAUUUAGUGGCCACCUCAGUAGUUUUUCAUCCAUUAUUCCGACCAGUAAAUCUGACAGUUUUGGAAAAAACAGAUUGGACCUGUUAUGUUGAUCCAUUGACCCCUGAAGUGGCCACUAAAACUUUUAGGGGUUUAGUAGUAGCAUUUCGACCUCUAUAGUGGCCAUUAAAAAUGUUCCCAGGAGUUUCCAAAAAAGUUAAAAGUAUUAAACUUUGAAAAACUUCCUUAUGAAUGAAAAUGGAAACUUGGAAGUGUUCCAAUCCUUGAGUCGAAAGAAAACUCAAUUUCAAAAAAUCCUCUUUUAGGCUAGCGGCUAUUGAGAAGCAAAGAAAGCGAAUACGCCGCGAAACCUUCGGCCUCACCAAUGAAACUUACGUCAGCGACAUCGAACGCAAUCUUGACGUCAUUCACGUAAUCUUUUUCUGUCUUUUCAACUUCAUAAACGCUAUUUCAGUGCAUUUUAUACAAGUAUUAUGACACCAUGCAGCAAUGGAGUCUAGAUCUACAGUCUUGGGAGAAAGUUGACAAAAAAUCCAUGCCUGAAAUUUUGAAGGCCGAUUACUUGUCGGUAAGCUUCUACCAUGGCAAUUUUUUCUAAUCAAUAAUUGUAAUUUCAUUCAAAAUGAAUGUCAGUAUUCUAAAAUAAACUAUUGCAAAUGUAAAAUCGGGCAACUUGUAUAUGAAAUUUCUCUUUCGAAGCUUUUUAAAGUCCAGCGAUUUGCUCAAAAUUUAACGAUAGAAUCACAUAGACUGGAAAUGUAAAUAAUUCAAACAUCUAAUAAGAUUUUUGUAGGCGGAGAACCGUGAAGAACAUCGCCUGAAGCUUGCCGAAACACUUCGGAAUACUUUGGCUGUUUCACAAACCAUCCAGAAAGUUCACAACGAAUAUGAAGAGCUCCAGAAGGUUUUUUAAUCACUUUUUGUAAAAUAAGGCUUGAAAUUUUCAGGAGAAGAACAUGACCAAAGAAGAAUAG